UGAGCUAAACCCUUAGCACGUCAGACACGCACUCCAGCAAGUGCAAAGCUUUUGUACGCCUCAAUGAUUCCUUUCGUAGGUUGGUAAGGUAGUAAACAAGCAGUGGGGGUGGAAUAUUUGCUAGUAAUGGCAUUUGCAGAUGCAUAGAUACAGUUGGCAGCAACCACCCCCCACCCCAUGCCAACCAACCCGACAGUUGUGCAAAAGUUCACAGCAAUCAUUUCCAAUUGUCAAAUGCAUUUUUCCAUUCCUCAUACUCACUGAAGCCUAUGCACUGUGCUGAGUUUAGUUAGUUUUUGCAAAUUCAUUUGUAAUGCAGUUGUAAUACAGAAAAAAGGUAACUGCAACAAAUUUUGGGAUUCUUAAGUGAUUGUUUUAAAAAGUUUAAAUUCGAGUGAUAUUAAACCAUACAUUUCGAAGCAAGAGUUAUAAAAUCCGUGGAUCCGUAAAAAAGGUUAUUCGAUGGAACGUAAUCUGUAAAUAUAUAGCAGUAGAAAUUCGUCUGAUUGCAAAACGUUAAAGAAGCGCCACAAGUGGCUGCAGCGAUAGGCGCUAUUGCAACAUAUAAGUGAUUUUUGGUAGUUUAGCUUUAAUAAGGAGAUCGUUGUGAAUUAAAUUGAUACCAAAGACGGUUUUUGAAACCUCAUAAGAGAAAUUAUUGGUGAGCGACAUACAAAGUAAGCGUAUAUCAGCGGCCAGGCACAAUUCCCAACCCACCACAUUAGUGCUUGCGGCGCGACCAUGGAGGAAGUGGACGAUGAAACAUUCGACGAUGCCAAAUCUACGCGCACCUCAGAUGAGAAUCGCAAGCAAAACCACAGUGAGAUUGAGAAGCGUCGUCGCGACAAAAUGAAUACGUAUAUAAAUGAGCUGUCAUCCAUGAUACCCAUGUGCUAUGCAAUGCAUCGGAAGUUAGACAAGCUAACAGUACUUAAAUACACAGUGCAACACCUGCGUGGCAUACGCGGCAGCGUGCAUCCAUAUAGUGGCGGCGAUUAUAAGCCCUCUUUUCUAUCGGAUCAGGAACUUAAAAUGCUUAUACUCCAAGCAUCCGAGGGAUUUCUCUUCGUGGUGGAUUGUGAUCGCGGACGCAUUCUAUAUGUUUCCGAAUCAGUGUCGCAAGUGCUAAAUUGUUCGCAAAUGGAUUUACUCGGGCAAAGUUGGUUUGAUAUUUUGCAUCCGAAGGAUGUGGCUAAAGUAAAGGAGCAGCUUUCUUCGUUGGAUCCAUGCCCGCGGGAACGCCUAAUUGAUGCUAAAACCAUGCUACCCGUCAAAAGCGACAUUCCACAAAGUCUUUGCCGCCUCUGUCCGGGCGCGCGUCGUUCUUUCUUUUGUCGCAUGAAACUCAAAUCAAAUAACAACCAAAUAAAAGAAGAAUCAGACACAUCCUCGAGCUCACGCAGUUCUACAAAGCGCAAAUCUAAGCUAACUGUUGAUCACAAGUAUCGUGUUAUACAAUGUACUGGUUAUUUGAAGUCAUGGACGCCAAUAAAAAACGAAGAUCAAGAUAGCGAGAGUGAAGAUAACCUGACGAAUCAUUCCAGUUUAGUGGCUAUUGGACGAAUACCGCCGAAUGUUUUGGAAUCAAAUGUGCCACCAUCAUUGGACAACCAUCCUAACAUUAGGCAUGUGCUAUUCAUCUCAAGACACUCCGUGGAUGGCAAAUUUUUAUUCAUUGAUCAAAGAGCCACAAUCGUCAUUGGUUUCUUGCCACAAGAAAUGCUUGGCACCAGCUUUUACGAUUACUUUCAUCAUGAGGAUAUUCCUGCAUUGGCGGAGUCACAUAAAAUGGUCAUUCAAGUGCCGGAGAAGGUAACCACGCAGGUUUAUCGUUUUCGCUGCAAGGACAGUAGUUUCGUACAACUGCAGAGUGAAUGGAAGGCUUUCAAAAAUCCUUGGACAACUGAUAUUGAAUAUAUAAUUGCGAAAAAUACGGUUUUCCUCUGAAUACUUCUCCGGCAGCUAUGCUAUUUAUACGUAGAGUGAAUAUUUCGUAAUCUAAUGGAAACGACUUAAAAGUUUACUUUUAUACACAUACUAGUGUGUUGUAUUUUCAUAUUAGAUUUAAGUUCAUCGCGUAAAUAUUUUGCAUAAAUUCAUACAAGGAUGCUCUAGCGGAGGUUCGCAAAUAAAAAUUCAUCCUUUACACAUUCUUG